UAAAUUAAAGUUUUUUUACAAAAAUUUUCCUUUUAUCCACUUACUGUUGGAGGGAAUUUCAAGGAAAAUUUAUGGCUAAUUUUGCAAUUUCAGAAAUUAUAUCUCGUGUCGUCUCCUUGUUUGCAUUAACUUCUUCUACUAUAAAAACUCGGCACCUCAAGCUCCCUAUAUUCGCUCAAGCUCUUUCGAAUUUUGUUCCUUUUUUCUUGGUUAAUUGCCUUUUCUUUUGCUAGUUAGCCAAUAUAGUUCUUUUACAGAGCCAGAAACAAAGAGCUAAUCAUGCUUGUGUAUCAGGAUCUUCUAACAGAUGAUGAGCUUCUAUCCGACUCAUUCCCAUACAAGGAAAUCGAGAAUGGGAUGUUAUGGGAAGUUGAGGGGAAGUGGGUUGUUCAGGGAGCAAUUGAUGUAGAUAUUGGUGCUAACCCUUCUGCUGAAGGUGGGGAAGAAGAUGAAGGUGUUGAUGACCAAGCUGUCAAGGUUGUUGAUAUUGUUGAUACAUUCAGGCUUCAGGAGCAACCAGCUUUUGACAAGAAGCAGUUUGUCACCUUCAUGAAGAGGUACAUCAAAUUGCUGACACCCAAAUUGGAGCCAGAGAAACAGGAGUUAUUCAAGAAGCACAUUGAAGGAGCUACCAAGUUCCUGCUUUCGAAGCUCAGUGACCUCCAAUUCUUUGUGGGCGAGAGCAUGCAUGAUGAUGGCAGCCUGGUAUUUGCAUACUACAAGGAAGGUGCUACUGAUCCAACCUUUCUGUACUUUGCAUACGGGCUCAAAGAAAUCAAGUGUUAACAAGGAAAUGUUACAUUGUGGCCACUUUGAAAUGGAUGUGUUAUUUGUACUAUGAGAACUUUAGUCUAUGCUAUUUGGAUUUUAUAAUGCCUUUGGGAGUAAUAGUUUAUAUUGCCGUUUUGUAUUUCUACAGUAAUAGGCUUUUUUUUUUUUUUUGAAUAAUUCAGUAAUAAGCUUUAUAUGCUUUGAUUAAACUGAGAAAUAAAGUUUUUAUUUAUA